CAGAAGGCGGGCUGUGUGUGGCUCUCUCUCUCUCUGUAUAGGGAUCCCUGCUCCAUCCGAGCAAAGGGGCCAAAGGAGGAGCUCUGGGGAUGCUGCUGCUGCUGCUGCUGCUGCUGCUGCUGAGGUUGCGCCAUCCUCUCUCUGGAGCCUGGGAGGCUGGGCAAGAAGAGAGCCCCUGAGGAGACUUUGGCUUUGGAAGGGGGCAAAGAAGGAGGAAAGCCAAGGAGAGGAGAAGCCUGGGCAGCAAGCAAAGGAGAAGAAGGCAGGCAGACAAAGCUCUCCAGCUGCUGCUGCUGCUGCUGCUGCAUCUUCUUCUUCUUCCUGCUGCUGCUGCUGCUGCUGCUGCUGCUGCUUUGGGGGUGUGGAUGCCCUCUGGUCGCUGCUGAGGCCUCCCCAGCCUCUCGCCUUCCUCCCGGCUAUUCAUUGGGCUCAGAAGAUACCCAGCGAGCUUGGAGAAGGGAGCCUUCAUCCCUCGCCUGCCUCAGCCCUCCUCUUGCCACCGCCCUCCGGGAAGAAGCAGAGGCACUGAGCGAGAGGAGGAGGAGGAGGUGGCCUUUGGGGAGGGAAGGGGCCCCUGCUGCUGCUGCUGCUGCUGCUGAGGAGGAAGAGCCCUGGCCUGGCUGAGCCUCAGAAACAAUCUGACAGAAGUUCUUGAGAAAAUGUGGUGAAUAAAAGCUUGCUUGUAUCUACAGGGGGGAAAUUCUGGUGAAGCUGGUACAGCAGCCAAAACUGGACAAAAGCAUUCCUGGCCACAUUUGAUGCCUUGGCAUACAGGAUUUUAGAUAAUGGGCUGUGUGCAAUGUAAGGAUAAAGAAGCAACAAAACUGACAGAGGAGAGGGAUGGGAGUUUAAACCAGAGUUCAGGUUAUCGCUAUGGGACUGAUCCCACCCCUCAGCAUUAUCCAAGUUUUGGUGUGACUUCAAUUCCAAACUACAACAACUUCCCAACAGCUGGGGGACAGGGACUGACUGUCUUUGGUGGUGUCAAUUCCUCUUCACAUACUGGCACAUUACGUACAAGAGGAGGAACAGGUGUAACUCUUUUUGUGGCUCUCUAUGAUUAUGAAGCAAGAACAGAAGAUGACUUAAGCUUUCAUAAAGGAGAAAAAUUUCAGAUACUUAACAGCUCGGAAGGCGACUGGUGGGAAGCCCGUUCUUUGACUACAGGAGAAACUGGUUAUAUUCCCAGUAAUUAUGUUGCUCCAGUUGACUCCAUACAAGCUGAGGAAUGGUAUUUUGGCAAACUUGGACGAAAGGAUGCUGAGAGGCAGUUGCUAUCAUUUGGAAACCCACGUGGAACCUUCUUGAUUCGUGAGAGUGAAACCACCAAAGGUGCCUAUUCGUUGUCUAUUCGUGACUGGGAUGAUGUAAAAGGAGAUCAUGUUAAACAUUACAAAAUUAGAAAACUUGACAAUGGGGGCUAUUAUAUUACAACUAGGGCACAGUUUGAAACGCUUCAACAACUUGUUCAGCAUUAUUCAGAGAGAGCUGCAGGUCUUUGCUGCCGCUUAGUAGUCCCUUGUCAUAAAGGAAUGCCAAGGCUUACUGAUCUGUCUGUCAAAACCAAAGAUGUCUGGGAAAUUCCACGAGAAUCACUACAGUUGAUCAAGAGACUGGGAAAUGGGCAGUUUGGGGAAGUAUGGAUGGGUACUUGGAAUGGGAAUACUAAAGUAGCAAUAAAGACCCUGAAGCCUGGUACAAUGUCCCCAGAAUCAUUCUUGGAAGAGGCUCAGAUCAUGAAGAAGCUGAAGCAUGACAAACUGGUCCAACUUUAUGCUGUAGUGUCUGAGGAACCUAUCUACAUUGUCACAGAGUAUAUGAGUAAAGGGAGCUUGCUAGAUUUCUUAAAGGAUGGAGAAGGAAGAGCCCUGAAAUUGCCAAAUUUAGUGGACAUGGCAGCACAGGUUGCUGCAGGGAUGGCUUACAUUGAGAGGAUGAAUUACAUACACAGAGACUUACGUUCUGCAAACAUCUUGGUAGGAAAUGGUCUAAUAUGCAAAAUUGCUGAUUUUGGAUUAGCAAGAUUAAUUGAAGACAAUGAAUAUACAGCCAGACAAGGUGCAAAGUUUCCCAUUAAAUGGACUGCCCCAGAAGCUGCACUGUAUGGAAGGUUUACAAUAAAAUCAGAUGUCUGGUCCUUUGGUAUAUUGCUAACAGAGCUAGUGACAAAAGGGAGAGUGCCAUACCCAGGUAUGAAUAAUCGUGAAGUCUUAGAACAGGUAGAACGAGGCUACAGAAUGCCCUGUCCCCAGGAUUGUCCCAUUUCUCUACAUGAGCUUAUGAUCCACUGCUGGAAAAAAGACCCAGAAGAGCGCCCAACAUUUGAGUACUUGCAGGGUUUCCUUGAAGACUACUUUACUGCAACUGAACCACAGUACCAACCAGGUGACAACCUGUAAUUUUUCUAGCCUGUGCAGAAUGCAGUGAUCAAAUUCCAUGUGCAGCCGAUGUAGGCUGACUGGCCCCUCCCCAAGGCUGCAUCUUAGAGCACCAAAAUGCACAGGAGGCUGAAGAUGAGAACUUCUAGAACUGCCUGUCUAUAGAGAUCUGAAUGUCUUUUAUGAACAGAAAAGUGAACACUUGGUUUUGUUCGUAAUCAAAGACUUUGAAACUGCAUUCUUUUGAUGUUAUGUAAACUGCAAAAUCUUUGUUCAAUGUAAAUAGUAAUUCAGUGCCAAUAACUUAUCCUAGUGCUUUCCUUUUUUAAAAAAUAAUAAUGCAAAAUUAAGUGAUUUUAACUAGUCUUCUCCUGAUUCAACUAAAGUAUUAUUUUCCAAAAGUGGCCUCUUUUUGUCUACAUUUUUUCAUGUUCUAACAGAAAUAAAAUCAGGACCAGUGUUUGGGGUUUUUUUGUUUUUGCUUUUAUAUAUAAAAUAUAUGUAAAAUAUAUACAUACCUGUAUAUAUAGUCCGUGGGUGCUACUACAGAGGAAACUCAUUUCAGAAAUGGAUUAGCCAUAAUGUUGAUGCACCCAGGAAAAGACUAAUUUCACUGGUGACACAAAACACCGGUGAAGACUCUGAAAGCCAGUGACUGACUUUUAGGCUUUUGCCCAGCAUGACUUUUUUAAAUUGGAUUGCACUUUUUGGUUUGACUAUGUACCUGUAGGUCGUUGUAACUUUUUUGAACUUUCAAAAAUCAUGUGCAGCAUUUCCAGCAACAUUUCCCAACUGCGUGGUUUGAUUUUGUGAUCAGAAUUAAAAUGAACUUAUUAAAGCAAGAAAAUCUGCUGUUGCCCGUUUGGACUGGAAGGUUGAACUGCAAGUACUUUCCUGUAUGAAAAUAUGUAUACUGAACAUUUUCUGAUUUUUUU